UUUUGUUGAGGAGCAGUCGUAUGUCUAUGGUCGUGUCCAUAAGAGGCGGAUUAGGUUUAGCCAGAAAGCACAGGUAUAAGAACAAUACGUUGCAUACAUUAUCCACUUUGCCAAAUCGGACAGCCCUUGUCCACUUCAGCUGCAAAAUGUCGUCAGAAAACCUGAACUCAGACACACAUAUGGAUUACGACGACGAAAAACAGGAUUCCCAAGAAAAGAAUGCCAACCCUGUGAUGGCUGAGGAAGCCAAGUUGAAAGCCAAGUACCCCAGUCUCGGCCAAAAGCCCGGAGGUUCAGACUUCCUGAUGAAGCGGCUACAGAAAGGGCAAAAGUACUUUGACUCGGGCGACUACAACAUGGCCAAGGAUAAGAUGAACAAACAGCUGCCCGUGGCACGUCCUGACAAAAACCUUGUCACCGGGGACCACAUUCCCACACCUCAAGACCUUCCACAAAGGAAGUCCUCCUUGGUUACCAGCAAACUUGCUGGCUAGCCUCCCUUCUUCUCUCAACCCAGGGCUCCCGGCAAAUGUCUCUCCUCACCCUUCUCCCAAGAUGUGCACAUUCACCCCCCCCCCAUUCAUUUCCAGGCUCCACCUGGCUUAACAAUAUCGGGGAGAGCUGUUGAAGUCAGUCCAUUUGCUUGUUUAUGUACAAUAUGUGGGUGAGUGGGAAGGAAGAGAGGGAAGGGAUGCAAUGGGAUGGUUGCCUGGGACCCUUGCCAUCAUCUCUUCACUCACACAUCAAACCGCCUUGCACUCUGCUCUACCGCUUCCACAAUGUCUUUGUUUGGUGUUCCAAGGUACAUAACAGUAGAUGUGUCAUGGGGAGUGAGCUGAGUUAACGCACUUUGUAUCAUGUAAAGUACGUUUUUACAUCCUGAAUGACACCAAAAUAAUGUUGUGUGAAGCAGUUAGGAACCACAAUUGCGUCUUUUGCCGCAUUGCAAUGUUGUGUUUCCAUUGAUGCUGGUGAAGUCAAUCUACGAUUAUUAUUGCUUGCAUACCAAAUUGGGGAAGGGAAGAGGUAUCCUGUAAGGAAAUGGAUUGCUAAAAUCAUUGGGAUAGUUGGUGGUGGAAUGUAGGUUGUUUGUCUUUUAGGUGUCUAACAAGGUCUCCCUCCUACCUGACCAAACAGAUAUGAAACUGCAAAUUCUUCUGCUCAUGUUGCUUUAUUUCUUGACUCCCUUAGCUCUUCUCUCUUUAAAUAUGCUGCAUGAUUGUAACAUGUAACAUCAAUGUUUGUUGAAGGUAAGAUCAGUUUUAGGAAGUAUGAAAUGAACCAUAUUGGAGCGCUGGGAUGUCUGUGGUACACUACACUCCUUAUUCCUUCCCUCUUUUCCUUGUCCUGAUGAUUAAUACACACUCAUCUUCUGUACACUGACAAUGGAAAAUGUUGAAAGAAUGCACCCUGUAUUCAUUUUCAAGGCUGGGAAGGGCACUGACUACUUAAUUUUGAUGUUACAUUUAGGCUUUAAUGCAAGCCUUAAUGAUUUAUAGGGAAUGAUGCAGUAUAAUGCAAUUAAUAUAUUUUAUGUGUGCAGCCAGUGUUCAGAAAUUACUUUUUGAUCCUGUGUCUUUAUAACAUGGUCUUGGUGGUUAAUUAUUGUGUGGACUUCAUCACAACGUUGUGUUUGAUAUCCUGUCUUACCAAGAAAGAAGAUGAAACAGCAAGUUCUACAUUUAAUAAGUUGCUAAAUCAUUGUCUACAUUAUCUCCAUCGGCUUGCAAAGUGGGGCCCUCGCAGUGCUAAUUCUAGAUUAGGAUUUCCCUGUAUUGACAGGCUACAGAUAUUCAAAUCUAAGAUCUCGGUUGUGUUUAUGAGGUAAACUCUGAAAAAUCUGAUUACCAGGUGUCAAAUGGUCCCAAGAUCAACCUCUGCACACUCUAAGUGGGACACUGCAUGCUUUUGGAAUGUGCUCACUUUGACACAUAUGGCAAAGUGUCGGAGUUGAAUGACGUAAGGGGAGGGAGCAAUGUGCUGGCAUACACAGUCUUGACACCUGUUGGAGACAUUUAACUCAGACAACAACAUUACAAGGUUCUGCAAGUGAGUCAAAUAAAUGUUGCAUGCAGUCCAAAACAGAUGAAGCAGGAUCUUUCAUUAUCAAAUGAAUUAGCCCUAUUCUUUUAGUAUUUCUUGGGAAAAUCACACUGAAUGAGGUUGACUAAGGGUCACACGAACAUUGAAAGAGACCCACACUUUCCUGUUGUUAAAUAUUAAGUUUGUGUGAAACUGGCAUUGAAUGUGCUUGUUUGGUGUAGUAUGUAUGUGCUACUUCCCAGCCAUUGUACAGUAAUAUACUUUAUUGGGGAGAUGUUUUUUGUUCUUUCCCAACCAUUACUACUUCUGCUUUGUCUAUUUGUACUGCAGAAGCUAUGUGAAUCUGUAUAAUAUGAAUAUAUGUGUAAAUGCUGCUGAAACGGUCGACAAAUCUCGAACAGAUGAUUAAAUUGACUCCAACAACAUACAUGUUCAAUUAAUAUCUUGCUGAAAUCUCACUCUAAGAAUUGUAACCUGACAAGAUAGGCUUUAGGAAAAGUGUCAAAAAUGUAUUGAUGAGAGUUCUUGAAUGCUACUUUUUGUGCUCUGUCUUGGUUUUGUAUGUUUUAAACUCAGAGGUAUAUUGCAGGGUAUGUUUAAAUACCAUGGCAGAGUGUAUAUAUCCUGUUUGAGCUUAAUAAAUAUGUGCCAGAAUGUACAAAAUAAAUAGUAAAUGGCAGACUGUGUGCUCUAUAGUA